GGCGGGCUGAGAGCUGGGAGACCAGCCCCACUGGGCGCGAUCUUCUAAGCAAGCAACCUAGCCUUGGUUCCCCAGCCCCCAGGGCCGAAGCCCUGACACCCUGGGACCUGUGUCCCCGCUGCAGGGCGGGGUGGGGUGGAGGAGAGGCCUGGUGUCAGAGGAGACAGGCCUGCCUCCACUCGGGGGUAUACACACGUUGUGCUCUCCCAUCAGGUGGCGGGACGGGGUUCAUUGGCACAGCCCUAACCCACCUGCUGAAAGCCCGGGGCCACACCGUGACGUGGGUCUCCCGGCAGCCAGGGCCGGGUCGGAUCACGUGGAAUGAGCUCAUUAGGUCGGGGCUGCCCCUCUGCGAUGUCGUCAUCAACCUGGCUGGAGAGAACAUCCUCAACCCUCUGCGAAGAUGGAACGAAACUUUCCAAAAAGAGGUUCUUACCAGCCGCCUGGAUACCACCCACUUGCUAGCUGAAGCCAUCACCCAAGCCGCCCACCCUCCCCAGGCAUGGAUCCUAGUCACAGGUCUUACUACCAGCCAAGCCUGACGGAGGAGUAUGACGAAGACAGCCCGGGAGGGGAUUUUGACUUCUUCUCCAACCUGGUAACCAAAUGGGAAGCAGCAGCCAAGCUUCCUGGAGAGUCUACACGCCAGGUCGUGGUACGUUCAGGGGUUGUGCUGGGCCGAGGGGGUGGUGCCAUCGGCCACAUGCUUCUGCCCUUCCGCCUGGGCCUGGGAGGCCCCAUUGGUUCAGGUCACCAGUUCUUCCCCUGGAUACAUAUUGGUGACCUGGCAGGAAUUCUGACUCAUGCCCUUGAAGCGGACCACGUCCAAGGAGUCCUGAAUGGGGUGGCUCCAGCAUACACCACUACCAAUGCCGAGUUUGCCCAAGCCUUGGGUGCUGCCCUGGGCCGCCCAGCCUUCAUACCUGUCCCCAGCACUGUGGUACAAGCAGUCUUUGGACGAGAACGUGCCACCAUGCUGUUGGAAGGCCAGAAAGUGGUCCCACGGCGGACACUGGCCACUGGCUACCAGUAUUCCUUCCCAGAGUUGGGGGCUGCCUUGAAAGAUGUUGUCACCUAAGUGGAGGACCCCAAGGCAGGAGCUGAGGCCUGUUCCUACAUACUGAGGAUGGGUUCAGGUGAGCCCUGUAGUUGUGAACAGAAGCCAUCUAUCUGGGUCUUCGAACCUCUGCUCCUCACUUCCUUCCCGAAUUGUUGGUCCAUCCCCAUCUGAGGAACUCCAGUCAAGGUUGCAAUCUCAUUCUAACCUUAACCUCUUCAGCUUCUUGUGGGUCACACUGUUGCCCCAGUUCUCCUCUAUGCUGUGUGGAGAAAGUUCUAAGUUAUGGCAAUAAAGUAUAUCACUAGCUUCA